UUGUUGCCGCCAUAGGUGCAGGUUGCAUUGGAGCUUGUUCGGAUUAAAGCUGUGAUCAUCACCGGUUCCCUGCUGGCUGCGCUGCUCAGCGUGACGCACAGAAAAGUGGAGGCGCACCGACACUGGACAUUGGAUUAGAGCCAGAGACAGCGGAGGGAUCACCAAGUUGAGAUGCUGUAAGAGCUUGUGGUGGUGGUGUGUGUGUGUGUGUGUGUGUUUAUGUGUCUGAGGAGGAUGCUUCUGUCUCGCAGUUGUUUUUGUGUGAUAAGUUUGGACUGAAAAUCACGGAAAGGAGCGCGCGUUUCUAUCUGGGAUGUAUUUCUUUGAACUGCAAUAAUAGAAAAGGUCAAGUGGACGCGGUUUUAAGGCUGUGGAGAGAUUUCGGGUGCGAGGAGCGGAACAAAGCUCGUGAUAUCCUCAAUCCCCAAAUAAAAAUGACGGCUGAUUCUGUCGUCUUGUGUCUGCUGAUGAGAAACAAUAUCGCUGCUAGAAUAUCAAACCUCGGAUGAAUUCUGGAGUGUAAUUAAUUGUGCGUUUUUCGGUGAAAGAAGAGGGAUCUAAUCCUGGUGGCGCAUCUAUCUCCCCGGCUGCGCGUAAUGGGAGAAAAGUUUCGGACCUUGCAGAGGAGACGCACUCGCAGCAUCCCGCCGACGACGCGCGUAUAAAUAACAUGUGAAUGCUGCCGAUCCGUCCGCGGCACACGAAGUUUGAAAGUGAAUUUCAACCAUAAAGCAUGACUUGAAACAGCCCCGGGGUUAUCUGAACUCGCAUCAAGCCAGUUAACGACCCAUGAUCCGCCGAAACGGUUUGUCAAAAGACGCGCAGACGGACAUUUAUGACCUAAAGAGGAUUUUUGCAGCAGUGCAGUGAAAGCCUGAUCCCAGAGAGAGUGAGACAGAGAGAUUUCCCCCCUGGAUGUCUAUGAUGUUGUGCCAGCUCGGGCAGAGGUGUGUGAUGGAGGUGGUGCUGCUGACCCUCCUGUCCUGGGUGUCCGUGUGGGCAGAGGAGAAGAUCAUAUUUGACAGACACGCUGUCUACUGGAACAGCUCCAACCCCAAGUUCUGGCACGGAGAGUACAGGGUGGCAGUGAACAUUAACGACUAUCUGGACAUCUACUGUCCUUACUACGAGGGCCCUCCGUCCCACGGGCGCAUGGAGCGCUACAUCCUGUUCAUGGUCAACCACGAGGGCUACACUUCCUGCCAGCACAGGAUGCGUGGCUUCAAGCGCUGGGAGUGCAACCGUCCCAGCGGUCCUGACGGGCCCCUGCGCUUCUCGGAGAAGUUCCAGCUCUUCACUCCCUUCUCCCUGGGCUUUGAGUUCAGGCCUGGACACGAGUACUACUACAUCUCGUCUCCUCACCCAAACCACGUGGGGCGAGCAUGUCUAAAGCUGAAGGUGUAUGUCAGACCUCCAGAUGGGUCGGGAUAUGAUUCUCCGGAGCCCUUCCUGACUGAUGGAGGUCCGUGCCGGAGACCAGGGUCCGUGGCCCUGUUAGCUGUUCUGGCCUCUCUGCUCCUGGGAGUCUUCUCCUGGCUGUGACCCCUAACCCUCUCCUCCUGGAGCUCCCACCCAGGGUCGCUGGGCUGGGCUGGCUGUCCCUCUAAAUCCACCACCCCUCAGGGAAGCCCUCUGUCUCCGUCCCCUCCUUCCCCUUCUCCCACCUCCACCUCUAUACGACCACCAACCACCCCCACUGCCAGCCCCCUCCGUGGCCCAGCCACGGACACUGUCCCCAGGCCUGGCUGAGAGGAUUGGGACUCCAGAUGUGUGGGAAGCUGCGCUCCAUCCCUGAUCCCUGAAGUCUGGGAGGAACAGCGACUCAGCUGAAAAACACAAGGGGGAAUGACUCUGCACUCAUAUCAGGGGGUCCUUUUGAUUUGUCUGUUGACUCUUGGCCACUGAUGGGGUAGAUGUAGCCGCGGCUAUGAUUAAACUUGUCGUUCCAGCGCAAUUCCUAUCAUCCAAUAAUGGCAGGAUGCAUUAAGCGAUAGGCCUGGAUGCACAAAAAUUGGUUUUUUUCUCACAUUGCUAUCCCAUCGUCAAACCAAGAAUUGGAAGUGGCCAAGCCUGCUUUGUAAUUGGAAUUCUAUACAACCUGGACCUGGUCCAACUAAAGUGAGAACCGGAGCGAACGUGUAGAGGCGGAGAGGAAGAAAGUGACCCGGCCUGCAGAAAAAAGAAAGGGUAGACGAUGUGGGCACGGAUUUAAAUAACAACGGCCAUAUGGGAAAUGUAAUGGUAUAUGUGUUUCGACUCAGUUUACAGCAGUGUGUUAUAAAAGCAAACAGUUUGAUUUGGUUUUUUGAGACGAUACACAUUUAAAAUGACAAGUAUAAUCAUAGCCUGUUUCAGAGGGAGGGUGGGGUGUGUGUAGUUCUGGGUGGGUUGGGUGAGGUGUAUAUUUUCAGGUGGGAUGUGUUCUGUCUUAUUCAUGUUUCUAAACAAAGCAUUUAUCACAGCCUGGCUAGCACAGGUGUUCUUCAGCACUGACUAAUGUCGAUUGGGUCGGGUGACUUUUGGAACCAUGACUUUUUUCAUGUAUGAAUGUACCACUGGUCACCCACCUCUUUGUCUUUCUGUAUUAUUAUGACUGUGGUCACUUACAGUACCUUUGUCUCGGACUGGCUCGGGGGUUUUUCUUGAGGGAUGGCGUGGGCGGGCAGGAGGAGAGAGAAGCGAAGACGAACAGGUGACAAAAGGAGGCGACACUCAAGUUGCAUGACCACUGUGAAACCUUCAGAUCUCGUUUGUAAUGAUGAUAUAUUUUUUCAUGGGGGAAAAUCAGAAACACCCUGCUACUGCUCUCGUGCUCUCCCUUUUUUUUCAGACAUCAAAAAAAGGAAAAAAUCAACCUCUCUCCUCACACCGUUUCCUCUGUCUGGCUUUCGGUCGUUGAUGGAUUAGCUUGGGCGUGAGAUAAAUGGACCCACAGGGUGAAACUGACUGGAAAUCAGCCCUCAGAGCCCAGGCUAGAUCACACUGGACAUAAAUACUGACUGAAGCUGGUCCUGGGUCCGAGGGUUAAACCAAUAAGGGAAGCACAUAGACUGUGGCAAAUGAGGCGAAGUGUGUGUGUUUGUGUGGUAGCAUCACAAAAACGCGCAUGCACCCACAUAUACAAGCACACGAACACAGUCUUUGACAAUGGGACGGUUCCUCCGAGAUUUUUUUGGAGCAUUUAUGGACAUGACUAUAAAGGGAACUGCACAAAGAGAGAGGGAUCGGAGGAGAAGGUGUGUGUGUGUGUCAUGGGACUGAGACUUCUUUAAUGUUGGGAAGUGAACAUAAUGAGUAAGCACUGUGAACACACACAUACAUACAUAAACACGACCAUUGUACAGAUACACACACAUACAGGCAUUUGUAGAAAAAGCACAUGCAGAUCUAGACAUUUUACAAAUACAUGGCAUGCACAUACACACACGUACAAACACACACAAGAACACACAAACAAGGGGAAGCACUUCCUUCCCGGUUUCAUCUUAUUUUUGUAGCAUUUAAAAUCACUGUUAAUUACUCCUGUGUGGGAUGCAGUGAUGGGGUAUAGCCUGUGGAAGAUUAAAAAAAAUGUGUUUUCUCUUCUUCUAUUCCACUGAUGCUGUCCUUCUAUCGUUCUUCUUCUCUGGUUUGUGAUCCAUGGUUGGUAGUGGUAGGAUGCCUCCAAGGUCUGAGCGUCAUGUAUGAGUUUGUCUCCUUUUCUGUUUGUGAUGUUUUCGUGGGAGCUGACCUCAGUCAUUAAAGUCAGUCAGUCAAAAGUAAACACAGAAGUCAGAGCGAGGAGAGAAACACACAAAUAAAGAUUGUUUUUUUGUC